AUGGGUUCAGUUUCAAUUGAUUAUGAAACACGCGACGAUUGGACUGCAUAUAUAGAAAGAGUUGAACAGUAUUUCCUUGCGAACAACGUAGCCGAUGAUAAAAGAGUUCCAGUAUUGUUGAUAGUAAUCGGAGGUAAGACGUAUAGUUUAUUGCGAACACUGACUUCUCCUGAUAAACCUUCGACAAAAUCAUUUGAUCAAAUAGUGGCAAGGGACAUUUGUCGCCCAAACCCUUAAGACCUGUUUACACUUGCAAUUUUUGCUGCGAUUUCUAGUGCGAUUUUCUUCUUCUGACGGAUGUGAACGAGUAAAUGUAUUAUAGAUGUUCAGAUGAGGGUACACAUACUCAAAACAUUCCUAACUCAUCUACUCAUUCACAUCCAUCAGAAGAAGAAAAUUGCACUAGAAAUCGCAGCAAAAAUUGCAAGUGUAAACAGGCCUUUACUGAUCGCAGAACGAUUUAGAUUUCGUAAGCAGGAAACUGGCUAGGAAAGAUCACACUAGAUUGGAAAGCAAUCAAUACAUUGGCAACCACACCACCAGGAAAUCCAUCAACCCGAUUACAAGAGAUUCUCGAAAAGUAUGGUGAUGUUUUCGAAGAAGAUAUUGAUCUGCUAAAGACUACCAAAGCAAAGCUGAACCUGAAAGAAAACAGCCAGCCAAAGUUCUGCAAAGCAAGACAAGUACCAUAUGCUCUGCGACCAAAAGUUGAGGUUGAGUUGACCAAGUUGCAGAAUGAUGGCAUCUUGACCAAAGUUGAUUGGAGUGAACGGGCAACCCUAGUUGUUCCAGUGAUAAAGAAGAAUGGCAAUGUUCGAUUGUGUGGUGAUUUCAAGCAAACCAUCAAUCCAGUCUUGCACGUUCAACAAUACCCUCUCCCACGGAUUGAUGCUAUUUUCGCCUCCCUCGGCGGUGGGCAAAAGUUCAGCAAGAUUGAUCUGUGA